CGCCUCUGAAAUUCUCAAAACGCAAGGGAAAUCCAGAAUCUCACUCACAUCGGAACUUCUAACUGGUUACUUGGUUUUCGUCCUGUUCCUUUCAACCUCGAACGGAGAAGACAGAAGAUGAAGAAGAUCUUCGGUGCCAAGAAAGAGAAAGAGCCCCCUCCUUCCAUUCAAGAUGCCUCCAAUAGGCUUAAUACAAGAGGUGAAAAUGUAGAUGAGAAGAUCAAAAAGCUUGAUGCUGAGCUUACUAGAUACAGAGAACAGAUCAAGAAAACACGGCCUGGUCCUGCUCAGGAAGCUGUGAAAGCUCGGGCUAUGAGAGUUCUCAAGCAAAAGCGAAUUUUUCUGAGAUUUGUGUGUGCUCUGAGGAGAUAUCAAAGUGAACAAAGUGAUUCAAAAGGUGCAACAAAGGGAGUGGAGGCAUCCAGGUAUGAAGAACAACGUGAUAUGCUUUACAACCAGACAUUCAACCUUGAUCAGGUUUCCUUUGCUGCUGAGGGACUCAAAGACGCUCAACAAACUAUGUCGUCACUAAAAUCUGCGAACAAGGAGUUGAAAGGAAUGAUGAAGACUGUGAACAUUCAAGACAUAGAUAACAUGCAAGAUGAGAUGAUGGACCUGAUGGAUGUGAGCACAGAAAUUCAAGAGUCUCUUGGUAGAAGCUAUAGUGUGCCUGAUGACAUAGACGAGGAAGAACUCAUGGGUGAGCUUGAUGCCUUGGAAGCUGACAUGGGAAUGGAGACAGAAUCUGAUGGGGUGCCCUCUUAUCUUCAACCUGACAAUGAACUUGAUGUGGAGUCAGAACUCAAGUUGCCUUCAGCCCCAUCAGGGCAUGGAAGGCAUAAUGCCCAGGGUGAAGACGAACAUGGUUUACCUGCUGUACCUCAAGCAUCCAUCCGUGGUUAGGGAGCCUGAUCGAGCAAGCCAUGUAAUUAAAUUGUGUAAAAUUAUAUUCUUUAACCCCUUUUGUUGGGUAACUUUGCUCGCCUGUUCUGUGGUCGACGGCGAGAGUACCCCUCGACUGUAUUGAGAAUGACAAAUGGCUUCCC